UUUUUUCACGAUUUUCUGUCUCUUCGCUUUAGUUCAGCUGCCACGCUUUUGAUCGGCUGUCUAAACAGAGCGUUCUUUUUAAAGACUAUCAGCUGAUAAAGGAUUUUUAGAUUAUAACUGAGAUGAUUAUGAAAACAAUGAGUUUGCAAAUCCAAGGUGUAAAUCUUCAUCAAACACUGAAAUCUCACAGCUAUUUGUUUUUAUCUCACACUUGAAAUUUUUAUUUGUAACAAGAAUAGAGGAAAACAACACGCAGAAAAGACCCAGGUGAACACAAUUGUAUUUUCGGAUUGUUUUAACUUCCUCCUUUGCGUCGAGUUAGAGUCAUCUGCGCCAGCCUACGUGGAAUUGCCGGUAAAAGCAGCCAACAGAAUGCUUGGAGUAGUACUGCCAUAAAAUGAAAUCAGUUGUGUUGCUCGUUUUUAUAACCUGCCAGCUUUGUGUACAAGUUUCUUACGGUCUUAACAUCACUUUUAACUCAUCGAAUGUAGAAGUUUUUGUCGACGAUAAAGUUACGGUUUUGGUUAUAUUCAAUGGAGCAGGUGAUGAACUGGAACAGGUGAAAGCGAGCAAUUGGACCGUGUUUUACGAACCACGGUCGAAUUUAGAAGCAGAAUUCAAACAAUCUUCGAUAGUUUGUGACAAUAUUGAUCAACGAUGUAUCGGAGAAAUGGAUAUAAAGGGCCUUUUCUUAGGAUUUGGCACAGUGACUUUGGCUCGUUUAGAUCCGGAAACAAAAACUUGGAUAAAACUUGAACCUCGUUUAGUUGUUACAAUUAUUCGGCUAGAUAAACUUAUAAACAAAAUAUUUAUAGCUUUUGUGGCUAUAGUUGUGAGUCUCAAUAAUGUGAAUAUGGGAUGUGCGCUUGAUCUGGGUAUUGUUAAAGAUGUGCUCAAAAGACCUAUUGGACCAGCUAUUGGUUGCUUUUGCCAGUUUGUAAUAAUGCCCUUGGUGUCCUAUGGCGUGGGGUACCUUAUAUUUGAAGAUCCCGUUAUGCGUCUCGGGCUGUUUACGUUUGGCAGCAGCCCUGCAGGGGGUGCAAGCAACAUGUGGACCGUCCUGCUGGGAGGCAAUCUCAAUCUGAGCAUCACCAUGACUUUCAUCAGCACCAUCGCUGCUUUAGGUACAAUUCCAUUUUGGCUCUUCACUUUGGGGAAAACAAUAAUAACAGGAACAAAAAUCGUCGUUCCAUUCCAGAAUAUAAUCGCGUCACUGGCUUCCCUUAUGAUUCCCAUCGGAAUAGGCAUUCUAAUCCAGCGCAGAUUUCCCAAGGUAGCUGCACGCUCCAAAAGAAUAUUGGCUCCUGUGUGCAUCAUUCUACUUAUCUGCAUCGUAGUUCUGGCAUCAAUCGCCAAUUCUUACAUGUUUUACUUGCUGACGUGGCGCAUGGCCAUUGCUGCAAGUCUUAGCGUAUGGACUGGUUUUGCAGCCGGUAUUCUUGUUGCAUUGGUCUUUCGCUUUUCACGUGCUGACAUCAUAGCCAUUGCAGUAGAAACAGGCAUCCAGAAUAGUGGUAUUGCCUUCGUGUUGUUGAGUUAUUCUUUGAAACCACCUGUAUCUGAUAUUGCAUCUGUCGUGCCCGUGGCUGGGUCUAUCAUAACACCCAUUCCUCUGUUUGUUAUUUACUGUUUUCAAAAAAUUUGGAACAGAUGUCACAGAAAUGAGGAUUUCGAAUUGCAAGCCAUCACUUCGAAGAGGAGAGAUUCCGACCAAGGUGAAAUAAAUUUAGCAAGCGAUUUUGUAAAUAAAUGAUGAGCUUUUGUGUUAUUGUUUUUCAAAUAUUUUUAAUUCUUAUCCAGCUGUCUUUCAUGUAAAUUAUUUUUAUGCGAAUAUUUGAAAGCAAAAAUGUUCAAAAAUAAAAUAUUUUUUCAUUUUA